AUGACGACCCCGAAAUCGCCCUUAUUGACCGACGCGUCGACGUCGUUGCCUGGAUACGUUGCUGACGAGAUCGGCGAGGAGCUGGAGCCCGGAUACGGCUCGAUUGCCCAGGAACAGAGCUCGGCCGAGACCAACGACGACGAGUUCCUUGUUCCCCCAAGACAGAUGUACGUGAUUCUCGGGUGCAUUUUCUCGCUCACGUUUCUGGCGUCUCUGGACACCACCAUCUUGUCCACGAUCAUGACGGAGAUUGCGUCCGAUUUGAACGCGAUUCCUUAUCUUUCGUGGAUUGCAACGUCUUAUCUGCUUGCCUCGUCAAUCGUCCAGCCGUUGGGCAAGUUGUCGGACAUUUUUGGCCGCAGACCAAUGAUUCUGGGCUGUAUCACUAUCUUCACGAUCGGAUGCUUGCAAUGUGCCACGGCCACCACAGCCUGGUCGUUUGUCAUUGGCCGGUUCUUGUCUGGUUUCGCUUCUGGUCUCAACACUUUGGGAAGCAUCACCAUGAGUGACCUGGUUCCGUUGCGCAAAAGAGGAGUCUACCAGGGUCUUGCCAACCUGUGCUACGGAACAGGCUCGGCGUUCGGAACCCUGGGCGGCCAGCUCGCCAAAAAGUACGGCUGGAGAUUCGUGUUCUGGAUCCAGGUGCCUGUUGGCGUGAGCUGUUUCUUCUUGUGUCUGUUCAACCUCAAACUGCCUAGCGUGUCCACCACGACGCUCACCUGGAAACAGAAGCUCAAGAGAGUCGAUGUGCUGGGAAUCCUGAGUCUGGCGUUCACCUUGUUCGUUUUCGUGGUGGUCACCUCAUUCGAAUGGCCGUCCAUGAGUCUGCUGAUCGCAGGCUGUGUGGUUUUGUUUGUGUCUCUGGGACUGUUUAUUUACAUCGAGAACACGGCCAUUGACCCCAUCGUGCCGCCAGAACUGCUGAAAAACCGCUCCAUCUUGGGCUCCUCGCUCGCCAACUGGUUUGGAACAAUGUACCUGUGCUGCGUCACGUUCUACUAUCCGGCCUAUCUGACCACUGUCUACGGGUUCGACACAGGCCAGGUCGGCAACCGUCUGGUCCCGGCCAUCGUGGUGUCCUCUUUCGCCUCCAUCGGGUCUGGCUACUAUAUGAAGGUGACUGGAAAAUAUCGCAACUUUUCCAUUGUCGUGGCUCUUCUAGGGCUGAUUAGUAUUUUGGUGCUGGUGCUCACCACCCGUCCCAAACCCGUGGCCACUCUGCUACCCGACGUUCUGUUGAUGAUCAUGCCGAUCGUGCCGUACUGCUCGUACGUGUCGAUGCUGACCACCACGCUGUUGUCGCUGAUAGCUUCUGUUCCGCAGGAACACCAAUCUGCCGUCACUUCUGUGCAAUACGCUUUCCGUUCCACAGGCUCCACUCUGGGCACGUCGCUGGCGUCGCUGCUAUUCCAGUGGAAUCUCGGACACUUCCUGAAAACCAGAUUGUUCCAACACGCCCCGGAAAACGUCUCCAAAGAAGAGACUCUCUACAUCAUCGAUAAGGCUCUCCACAGUGCCACCUACAUCCACAGUGCUCCCGAAUGGGCCGUUGCAACGCUCGUCAACGGCUACAAUGUUGGUUGCUGGUCCACUUUCCUGUACGCCCUGGUGGCCAGUCUAUUUGGGUUCCUGUCCAUUCUCGCUGUUCGCGAAUAUAAAUUACACUCCACGGUUAGCCGGAAAUAG